CUGAAAGCAGGGUUUACGGGUAUAGUAGCGCACGCGAAAAGGUCUAGGUCAGCGUCUUCCCUAUCCUUAACCAGAGCAUUUGAGAUCGACCCAAUUGAAGGUUUGGCUCAUCGGACCCGCCCUGCGCUUUCACCCAUGAGCUGCUGAUUCUGUAGCUCAGAGAAUAAGCAUAUUAAGGACAGAGAUUUUAUAUGAUGAUUUUGUCGGGGUUGAGUGGCAAACCCUCAAAAUGUUGUCUUCUGAGACCUAGUCCCAGGAUUCCACGUGAGCUGGUCUCAUCUUUUCCCAAUGGGAAAUUUAGAGAGAGUACUGAUUUGCAAUAUCUCAAAAGAAGUUACUGGACGGGUCCUCUUAGACACAGAAGUCUCCAAAUUCAACGCAAUACUAAGUGUGCAUUUGAUGCUUCCUCCGGAGAUUUUGCAAAUGAGUCUGCCGCCAUAUUCCCUCGAAUUCAUGUAAGGGAUCCAUACAAAAGGCUCGGUAUAAGUAGGGAGGCAUCUGAGGAUGAAAUUCAAGCUGCCAGGAACUUCCUUAUUCAUAGAUAUGCAGGGCACAAAGAAAGUGUUGAUGCUAUUGAAUCAGCUCAUGACAAAAUUAUCAUGCAAAAGUUUUAUGACAGAAAGAACCCGAAAAUUGACAUCAAGAAAAAGGUCAGAGAAGUCAAUCAGUCUCGAGUCGUGCAGGCUAUAAAGAGCAGGUUCCAAACACCAUCCACAAAGUUCAUAAUCAAGUCAUCUAUUGCAUUUUUAGUUCUUGGCGUUCUCACCAUUUUCUUUCCAACUGAAGAAGGCCCAACCCUUCAGGUUGCCAUAUCCCUCAUAGCUACUGUAUAUCUUAUAUACGAUCGUCUGAAGAGCAAAUUACGAGCAUUCCUUUAUGGGGCUGGAGCUUUUAUAUUCUCAUGGCUGUUGGGAACCUUUUUGAUGGUAUCUGUGAUCCCCCCUUUAAUAAAAGGAUUGAGAGGAUUUGAAGUAACUACUUCAUUAAUAACCUACAUCUUACUCUGGAUUUCAUCCACUUAUUUAAAGUAGCAAAGCAAAGGUUUUCUUCUAUUUUGAAAGUCCAAUUUUGCUGCGGCAGAGCUUCUGAUUCCCUACUGUUCUGCUUCCGUAGGCCUUGGGUUGGUCUAUGGAGGGAAUGAUAUGCUGAAAUUGAAAGGGUUCUUUGUUUCAGAGUUGAAGGAUGUAAAACCAUUACAGAUGGAAACUGUAGGUUAGCUGUUUGUUAUUAUCUGUAUUUCAUCUUUUGUUGCAAUGAUAAUCCUUCUUGUGCAGAAUUUUUGUAAGCGCGAAGCGUAUGGAGGUGCUAAGGCCGUUUAAUUUUUUUUCAAGUUCAUCAUGGAGAUUCAAACCUCCAAUCGUGUGGUCAAAGCUACAUUUAGGUGCCUCGAGUUAAAUCAACAAAGUGUGUACUAUAAUUGUAAUGAUGCUCUUGAGUAUAGGAGAAUAAAGCUUCAACCUCC